AUGGCUUCCAUUCUCGCAACAUUGAGAAGCAAGCUCAAGGGCGAUCCCGCCGUUCGCAUUCAGAGGCGAAAGAAGAUGGCUACUGCCCUCUGGAAUAAUUUGUCACUCGUCCAAGCCGCACUAUUAGUCACCGGUCUCUUAUGGAUGGUAACCAUACCAUAUCCCGAGCUGGGUCAGCGAACCUAUAUCGACGAGAACGCGUUACAGCCGGGCCAGGUGAACACGUACUGGAACUGGGGCGACGUGGGCCGUGCGGACCACUACUUAGCCGAGCUCGAGACUCUGAGGGAUAAUAACGCGUCCAGCCAAGCACGAGCUGAAUACUUCACAACCGAGUUUGCCAAACUCGGGCUGCCAACGGAACUGCAGGCGUACGCAUUUACAACCGGGACCGGUGGGGUGAACGGCACUAACGCGUAUGCCGUGUUGUCAUCUCCGCGGGCCUCAGGGACCGAGGCUAUCGUGAUCAGCGCUUCUUGGAAGAGCUUGACAGGAGCAUACAACCUGCGCGGUAUAGCAACUGUACUGGCCUUGUCCAACUUCCUGAAGGGGUACUCGCACUGGUCCAAGAACCUCAUAUUCGUGAUCAGCGAUGGGUACCUUGAUGGCAUGCAAGCCUGGUUAAGCGCUUAUCAUGGCGAACAACAGAGCAAUCUUGUCGCAAAUCCGUUGACCCUUCCGCAAGGCGUGGUGUGGACGGCCCUUAACAUCGACUACCACGGGCACUCGUUCUCUCACCUAGGCGUAUUUCGAGAGGGUGUCAACGGCCGCCUACCAAACCAGGAUCUCAUCAAUUCUCUUCGUGUCGUCGCGCACAACUUCGGCGUACCUGUCGUCCUGUACGACCAUAUAGAUCCCUCAGAGUUCCCUGGGAGGCGCCAACUACAAGACUGGCUACCGUCAUGGAUACCAGCCUCGGUCUUGGAUAACCCCGUCGCUAUGGAGUACGCUUAUAGAGCGAGGAAUAUUUGGAGACACUUCACGUAUCAAGCAAAGGGGAUUCCCAGCGGUGUACACGGGCUGUUUCACCAGCAUCGCAUAGACGCGAUUACUCUGUACGCAGUACCUUCCAAUGGGCCGCAUGGCUUCCAUGCUCUCGGCAGAGUCGUCGAGUCAACGAUGCGCACGAUGAAUAACUUGCUGGAGCGGCUGCACGCAUCCUUCUUCUUCUACAUCAUGGCGAAUCCCGGUCAAUUCCUCAAGAUCGGCAUGUACCUGCCGAGUGCCGUCUUGGUCGGGGCAUCUCUCAUGUUCGGUGGACUCGGAAGCUGGGUUCAAGCCGGUUGGUACGAGCAAUGGGUCGAGAAGCCGGGCGGCGCAAAACGUUGGGCACGGAGAUCUCGCGACCUUCUUCCAGCUGCUCGGCUGGUAGCUUUGACGCACGUGCUGGGACUGAUACUGUACUUCGCCGUCUCUCGACUGUACACAGGAGGCAGCUUUGCCAGGGCAAUGUUGAAAAUCAUUGUAGUCCUCAUCUUGGCGCUACCCGAGCUCCGCACUGGGCACACGAUCAUGAACGUACAGCCCGUCGGAACGCCAAGGACGCAUCUCAUCCUCAAAGCCAUCACGCUAUGCCUGGCGAGCACACUCAUAUCUGUCACUUCUGUCCUCAACUUUUCGUUGGCCGCUUUCCUCGCUGUCGCCCUCGGGAUCCCGUUGUCAUUGGCUACCCCCUCGAGUUCACCACUGCUCAGCUUGAUCAAGUACGCGGUGUACCUGGUACCGUCGCUUGGCUGGCUUUACUUCUCGGAUGUGGUGAAGGAGGCGUUGUGGAAUUGGGAGGUACUGGGUGUUUGGUUCGCGCCAUUCGUGGCUAUAGUCUACACACCCCUCAUGUUGCAAGCCGGCAUGCUUUGUUUAUUCCCGAGUGGUGUCCCAUCUACCUACAAAUGA